UAUUAACGUUAGUUUGUUAUGAGGUUCCAGAAUGAAUUUUGUAAUAUAUAACAAAUGCAGAAAUUCUGUGUUUCAAGAAAUUAGAAGAUACGCGGGCCACAGCAAGUGGCAAAAUAUCAAACAUACUAAACAGACACAAGAUGCUGCAAGAUCAGACCUAUUUCGUUCUAUAAUUAGUAAAAUGAGAGCUGCGAUAGCAGAGACUGGAGUUACAGAUCCAUCUCAAAACACGAGAUUAGCACAACUUAUCGAACAAGCUAAAAAAGCCAAUAUGCCAUUAAAUACUUUAAACACAUUUAUGGCCAAAGUAAAGAAUUCUAAAGAAAACACUAACCUUGACAUACUAUGCGUUCGUUGUCCUAGCAAAUGCAUAUUAAUUCUGUAUAUUAUGACUAACAAUUUUAUUAAAACAAAAUUGGAAAUCGCUAAUAAAAUAAAGAAGGCUAAUGGUAAAUUGGUAGAAUCUACAGCAUUGUCAAUGUUUAAUUGUGCAUGUUACAUUUUAACUUCAAAAGACUGUGAUUUGGAUCAAGCAAUGGAAGAUGCAAUACACAUAAAUGCACAGGAUGUUGAAAAAGUAACAGAUGAUGAUAAAACAUAUUUUAAGUUUAGAUUUGAAUUGCUUUCCUCUCAGAAGAAUGUUACCCAGCUUACAGGCAAGGGUUACCAUAUAAUUUCUGUAGAAGACACAUGCUUACCUGAAUCUACAGUUGAAUUAAAUGAGGCAGACUUAUUGGCUGUAAAUAAAUUGAAGGAGAAACUUCUACUUCUGGGUGAAAUUGAGAAAAUAGAGGACAAUAUAGCAAAUUCUUAA